AUGUUUCUAGCAAACAGAAUCCCUGCAAUGCUCACCUCUGGAAAAGGAAAAUUCCCUGCAAUGCUCAACUCUGGAAAAGGAAAAUUCCCUGCAAUGCUCAACUCUGGAAAAGCUGCAAUGCUCACCUCUGUGAAAGGAAAAAUCCCUCUCAUGUUGGGAGCAACUACUGGUGGUAUCGCAGGUUAUUCCAGCUCGUCAAACACGCCCCCGUACAUUUGUCUUUACCGUGUUGGCACAAAGCAUGCAUGCGACAAGUCAUACCCUGACACGACGAAGCUGAAUACCCACUACGAUCAUGCUGGUGAUGGCCAUAGGAACCUCAAAGCCAAAGAUCACUACCACAAAAAAUGCGGGAAUUAUUUCGGCAGUCACAAGAAACUGACCAAGCACGAGCCAGAGUGUUAUCGUAUUGUUCUCGACUCAGGUGACAGUGUCAGCCACACUGUCCCCAUAUACGAAGGGUACGCCCUUCCACGAGCUAUCCUCCGCCUCGACCUCGCCGGGCGUGACCUCACGGACCAUCUCAUGAAGAGGAUACUAUUUUACCACCACACCCGAGCGCAAAAUCGAUCGACAGGUCAUCAAUAUCGUUGCCGAACGAUUCAGGUGCCCGGAAGUCCUCUUCCAGCCACCCAUGAUCAGGAUGAAAGCUUCUGGAAUUCACGAGAGGAUCUUUAUAGUAACAUCGUGCUGAGUGGUGGGACCACCAUGUUCCCAGACAUUGCUGGUCGGAUGAGCAAAGAGAUCACGGCGCUUGCUCCAAGCAUCAUGAAGAUUAAGGUGGUGGCUCUGCCCGAGAGGAAGUACAAUGCCUGGAUCGGAGGGUCGAUUUUGGCCUUUCUCAGCACUUUCCAGCAGAUGUGGAUAGCCAAAGCAGAGUACGAUGAGUCUGGACCUUCAAUUGGGUCUGUGCUAAUUGGGGGUGGGAGCAAGCCUUUUGAGAAUAAGAAAGGAGGAGGUUGCACGGACAUGAUGGACGGCUUCUAUAAAAGGGCGCUCGAGAACCAACUCAGUUUUCCCAUCUGUAGUGACGCUGACGUGGUCUAUGGAAACAACAAUGUUUAUGGAGCCACCAUUUUCACGUAUAACAUUGGCCUCAGGGCCACUAGGUGA